AUGCAUGCCAACUGUUCGUUGAAUUGCUCAAACGAAACUUCCAUCACAAAAGAUGAACCGAUGAGUGACAUCUUAACCGGGCUUGAUGCUGCAAUAGCUGAUGGAGCUGAUGUGAUAUCAAUUUCUAUUGGAGAAGAAAACAUGCCUUUUUUUCAAGACAGCAUUGCAAUAGCCUCAUUUGCAGCUAUCCAAAAAGGAAUAUUUGUGAGUUGUGUGACAGGGAAUUCAGGUCCGUUCAAUGGCACUGCAACAAAUAUAGCUCCAUGGGUGAAUGCAGUAAAGUUCAAUGAAUAUUCAUCUAUUGUUGUAUCAGCAGGGUAUGAUCGUUCCUUACGUGCCUGGGACUGUAAAUCUCACAGCACUGAGCCAAUUCGGAUCAUUGACACCUUUCUAGACAGCGUUAUGUCUAUCUGUUUAACAAAAACUGAGAUUAUUGCUGGAAGUGUUGACGGAACUGUACGGACAUUUGACAUCCGGAUUGAUGGAACUGUUAGGUCAUGGCAUGUGAGGCCAACUCUUGUCUUGAAGGAUGACAAGUAG